UGUUGGCUCGCUCGCUGAUUUCUGCUUAUCAAAAUAUUUGGUGCAUUUUAUCCAAGGACAGUAAUCUAUCUUUGCGUUCGAUGUAGAGCAAUUACGAAGAUAAAUUCCUCGUUAUCAUGGAGGACGAAAUUGAAGAAUGUAUUAGGAAAAAAAUACAGUGGCCCCAGUUGCCUGGCACUGUGAAAAAGCUAUUGGGCGACUCUCCCAAGGAGUAUGAGAGAUACAUAUUUGAAUUCAGCAUCAAAAAUCAGCUGCGGUACCGAGGAAGUCUUGUAAGAACUGUCCGCAAAGAUGAGAAGAAAUAUUAUGAGACACUCAUACACAGCAGCAUACAAAGACUUAUGCUGUACCCGUACCAUCUGGCCGACAUGAUAGUUAAAGGUUUAAGGAUAACCCCUUUUAUAUACUACGUGGAGGUGGUGGCUCUCCUAAUUGAGAUGGAGAAGAGUUACGACACCAUGCCUAACUUCACUGCGGCUGACUGUCUUCGGCUACUGGGUAUCGGUCGCAACGAGUACUUGGAGCUGGUGGCGCGUGCGCGGUCGCUGGGGCGGCGCGGGCGCAGCAAGGCCAUACGGGCGCUGCUGCCGCGGGUGCCGCUCAACAUCCCCAUGCAGCCGUGGUGGCGCGUCGAGCUCGGGUACGUGCUGGAGGAUGACGUCAAGCCGCUGAGUGAGAGCGAACGCGCGCUCAUCGACCUGCUGAUCGACCGCGGCUCGCAGACGGCUGGCUCGCUGGACUACAACGACGUCAAGACGUUAUACAGACGCGGUCUGGUCUACCUGGACGUGCCGAUAACGGCUGCGGACCGCGUGUCCGUGCCACCGCUGAAGGGCUUCGUCAUGAACCGUAUUGCGGGCGAUUACUUCGAGACGCUGCUCUACAAGGUGUUCGUAUCAAUCGAUGAACACACCACCGUGGCUGAGCUGGCUACUGUAUUACAGGUGGAAUGCGAGCUGGUGAAGCAGGCGGUGUCCCUGUACUGCCGGCUGGGGUUCGCGCGCAACCUGCAGCCCGCGCCCGCCGCCGCGCCGCACCGCAGCUGGCGCCACGCCGUCACCACGCACACGCAUGCGCCUUACAGACAAAUCAACCCUCUAUCGUUCGACGCCAGCGACGAGGACACGCUACAAAUGGAGCCUGUUCUCAUAAAACAGGAGCCGUCCACGUCCAAAGAGACUUACACAGAGCCAGAACCUCUACCAAGUAACCCUUCGAACGGCGGUACCAAGCGCGUGGCGUUACUGUUCGACUCGACCUUAGCAGCGUAUUUGAUGAUGGGCAACCUGUCUCCCGACCUGAAGAGCCACGCCGUCACGCUGUUUGAAGUCGGCAAGUUGUGCGACGAGAGUUUAGAUAGCUUGCUUAUGGAGCUCGAUAAGGUGGUAGGCGACCCGGAGAUCGAAGGCGAGGCGCGGCGCUACUUAGCGGCGGCGGCCUGUCUGCGUUCAGCGCUGCGGACGCUGAGACCGAAACUUCGCCCGUUAGACUUGCUGCGCUGUGAAGCUCUGCACGCGCUGGGGGGCGCGGCUCGAGCUCGGUUGCUGACUGCUAAGUACAGGGUGGCGCUGUCGACGGCGCCGCUGUGCCGCGAGGCGCGCGCAGGCGCGGCGGCCCGCGGGCUGCCGCACGUGGGCCCGGCGCCGCCCGAGGCCGCCUCGCCCUGGAUGCGGCUCUACCUCUACCACGUGGCCGGCUACGGCCCGCCCACACUGCUGCUCACCAAAGGCACGUUCGUGCGCGCGGUGCCGCGCCUGCUGCUGGGGUUCUCGCGGCUGCUGGUGGUGUGGUGGGGCGCGGAGGCGGCGCUGGAGGGCGCGGGCGCCGUGGCGGGCGCGCUGCCGGCCGCGGGCGCGCUGGCGGCCGCCAACGCGGCGCUGCGGCGCGGGCCCGUGCUGCUGCAGGCCGUGGGCGUGCGCCAGCCCGCCGCGCUCAAGCACCUCAUGUUCCCGCCAGCCGCUGACGCCGAAUCGCAGUCCCUAUGGACCCGCCACGCGGGACUGAGACGAUUGGCCCAACGACUGCGGCUGUCUCGCUCUGCGGGGUACGUGACCCUCGCCGACAUCGGAGUGCCGGACCUGGGCUGCGCGCCCACACCGCACAACGUGCAGCUCGUUCCACCAAGAAAAAAGAAAGACAUAUGCGGCAUAGCGAAGCCAGUGAGCGAGAUAUCGCUAUCGUCCACCGACUCAGCAGACAAGACGGAAGAGUUCAGCAAGAUGGUCAGCCGGCUGCAGUCGCCCAUAGAGUCGCACUUCGCCGUCACGCCCACCACGGGCAGCAAGACUGGCUCCCCGGCCAACGGGUUCACUACUGCUGAAGGAGGCAAACUCCUAUGCGAAGAGCUGGACAGCCUGGCGAUAAAUGACGACAAUCCCACACACCAGAGCAAGGAAUCCAUCGCCAACAGCGACGACCUGGUACCCAUACAUUCCACCUCCACCAGCACCGAAGACUUGAAGACCAAAGAAACGUCGAUAAGCAAAGAAUCGAUUCAAUUCGAUGAAAUAGUGCCGGUCCAUGCGACUGGUAAGGAGGCUAGUGAGGAGAAAACCGGCAAAUCGAUAAGCCAAUUGAACGAUUUGCUGAGUCCCGCGGAGGAAUCUAUAUCGAUGUUCACACAGCUGUCCGAUAAGUUGACGGAGAUGACGGAGGGUGAUAGCGGGGUGGACACCGCGCACAACUUCUCCGAUGAAGAGACUUGCAAGCCGGAGAAAUGGACUAUUUUAGAUCUCCAAUUCGGAAUUCCUUUAUUCGAUGAAACGCUUUGCGAAAAAAUAUGCAAUAGUAUAGUGGAAAGAUUAACAAACCCAGAAAUAUUAGAGAAAGUAAAAGAGGAUAAUGAAUUUAUCUGUUCCGAUGUUUUAAAGUUUGUUUCACAAUGUCAGUACUAUCCAGGCGAAGACAUGGGCAUAGUCAAACGUGGUACUCUAGUUCCUUUACCGAGGAAGAAUUUAGCUUUCGAGAACGGACGCAUCAGCGAAUGGGCCGGCAAAUGAUGCCGUCUCGUUCCCUCUCGCCAUUUCUUCCCAUCGAUCCGUAUGUGGAAAGAGUCGCACGUACAACUGUGUAUGCAAUUUCGAGCUUUAUUAGCCGAGGUAGUGAAAAGAUUUGGAGUAGUGAAUGUCGGCAUCACAUAUUUAUAGUCGUAUAAUGUGUUCAUCGUACACUGAGCCUAUUCAUAGUCGCGACAUGUAAUUGUAUACAUUAAACAUCAAAGAAUUAUUUAAAUUUGCCAUAAAAUAUAGAGUUAAACAGUCAAUUAUUUAUGUAUGUAUCGUGUCAUCUUUGAUUACUUUAUUAUUAUGUGAUAUUUGUGUUGAUCGUUUGUUUGUUUUAUAUUACAUGAGAAAGGUGUCGUAUCGUAUGUGGUAUUGCAGAUAAUCAACAAAACACAUUCUUCAUUUGCACGACUGCGUCUUGGUCUUCACGUGAUGAACAACCUAGCCUCCACUGAUACGCAAAACUCAGGUCGGGCCCCAACAUUUUCAUAUAAUUGAAUCUUUUCAACGCCACAUUAAAUAGAAAAGUUGUUACUCUGACGCUUCGCCCAAUAUGUCCGCAUUAAAAAGGUUAAAACUCCUCGAUAUCGAUUCGGCAACCGAUUUCAAUAAAUUCGAAAUUGAAAUUAUCCGCGCCGAUUAUGCCAGUGGACGAGCAUCGCAGCUCUACUUGUCUAGUGUUGUGUGUACUAGUGUUAUCGAUAAAAUUUUACCGAUUUGUUCGGCGAAGUAGUUAAUGCCAUCUGAGGCAAACCUACAAUAAGUGACGUCAAAACAAUAAAAUGUAGGUUUUUACCAUUUUAUACAGUUAAAAUCAACAUUGAUAGUAUGCACGUUAUUGUUGAAUAAAAUUAAGUAAUCGAAAAAUACCACAUCCAAUACCCCAUUUUAUACUUAAAUGCACUCUAGAUAUAGUACAAUAUUUAUUUUAUACCUAUACACUUAUUUUACUUACUACGCUACUUAGUAAUUGUAAAAGCCACCUUAAAUAUUACCAUGUUAUUACUUCUUACAUUCUAAUCUUUGGAAUCGUCAGUAUUUUUGUUAUAUUAGUUUUAAUGAACACGAGAUUUUAUUUCCUGUUGACUUGUGAUUGUAAAUGUAUGGGAAAAGUAUGGAGUGUAGGACAAAUAGAUGGAUAUCGAAAGUAGCCCUAAUGUUAUUUUCUUAGAAAUUUUAUCAGAUAUACGAAUGUUUUUGCGAUUUAAAAUAUAAAGGAAAACGAAAAGAACGCUUUUAGCCUCAUUUUUAGGUUUAACAAACUUAACAUGAUUAGAACAAUAGGGUAGUUUUCAACUAGUCAAAUAAGUUACUUUUUAGGUCAAAACACGAAAUAACUAUGGACUUUCUAUGAAAAACCAACCUGUGACGUUUAGAUAAACGUGACAAAAUGUCGCACUUAUUAAUACAUUUUUCUUUAGUAAAAUUCAUGAAUAAGUUAAAUAGAAAAAAAGAAAACGUUUUUUGCCGCUUUUUCGACCUUUGAUUUUUAUCUUUGACCUAGGAAACUACCCAAUUGCAGGACAGAGAAGGGUCCCUUUCGCACUAACGGUAUACAGCUUAGCACGAAAGAGAUAAAAGAUAUGUCAUUAAAUCAAGUUACGUUUGUUGGACCAAAGUUGUCUAUAGCACUUUGUUUAUCCAAAUUCUGUAAUAAGUAAUAAGGCAUUCAGUGUUGUUAAGGGUACAUUGUACCUAGGAAGAUCGUAGAAGGUUAGCCAACAUGUCAACAUGAAUAGUUUGGUAAAGAAAGACAUUGACCGAGAUUCUGUGUACUUGUGAAUUGGUCAAUUUUAUUACUAAUACAGCUUACAGUCCGCACUAGAUUGUUAAGGGAGGUAAAUUAGAAGGAUUAGGAGCAGUCACCUCUUUAGAUACAAAUACGCUGCACUAAAUAUUCUGUACGUAUUUGACUACUAGUAAAUUUGAUAGCCUAUGUUCCGUUCCAUGGACGCACACACCACACAGCUCUCAGCGCCAAAGUGGCGAACACGGACUGGCUUCAUUUUGGCAUCUAUAAGAAGUGCACCAUACGUGUAUCUGCAGAGGUCAGUGCUUAAUAUAUAUUUUGAAAAGAAAGAGCUAUAAGAUAUACUUACCUAGUUUAUAAACAUGUAAUUUAAAAGUUUGAGUCGCUUUAUCAGUUUGAAGGCAAGGAAGGCAGUGAGAUUACAGGAGUGCUCCGUCCCUACAUUUUAUUUUGUUUUCUAGAAUAUUGUAACAAUUAUCGAACAUUAUAAACUUGAGUGUGAUUGCAGGAUCUGACUAUUUUGAAAAGAGAUACAAACCUGCCAGUAGUACCAGUAUAAAUAUUGUUCGAUCAAGCUCCUGUCACCGAUUUGAUGCAUAGAACAAUGCACAGAUGUUUAUCAAUUUUAAUUUUAUAGCUUUUGUUCAUAAUAUAAAUGCAAAUAAAACCUGUACAUAGAA